AAACAAAUUAUAACCAUUGUUCAGCGUUAGAGCCUACGCACAUUAGGAUACGUGGGUGAAAAUUCCAUUUGUCGAUUCGACGUCAGAAUGAUUUUCGAAUCGAUUUUGGGGUAAGCUUUUGCCCCUGCAAACCCAUGGCGUAUACGUAGUUUUGCGUGAGCACGAAAGAGACUGACCAUUUGCAAGAGCAGGAAAGCACAAGAGGGAGUGCGUAUGUGGUGUGCUAUAAGCAAUGUGCAUGUAAAUACGUGUAUGUGUGUGAGAGAUUGUUAAAAAAGUCAAUACAUACGGCCAUGAUAGUUAUCUUUUAUGUCGAUUCGUUCGGAGGCCAUGUUGUGGGUAAAACUAGCAUAUAUUUACUUAAUUUCGAUUGCAAAGUAUGUGAAUGUUUCGCUUGAGAUGAAGACAGACGCUUAACGAGAAUAGAAGAAUUAUAUUUCCAUAUAGGAAUAUCUGUUCCCCCCAAGUGUAGUGUUACAGGCUGUUCCCCUUGCCCACGGUGUAAAGAUGGCUACCGUUUGAACCGUUUUUCUAAUAACAAAAGUUUCUUUCCCAAGUAUGGAAUUGGUUCGUGCAUAAUUGCAGCGAGAAAAAAAACAGGGCCUCCCGUACAAGGGAAAAGAAUAGCAGAGCACAGCAAUCAAUCCUGUACAACCCAACAACCGCCGGUAUCAACCUCCGUUUCCCUGGUAGGCAACUGUCAAACGCUUGCCCAAAAUCCCUUUUCUUACCUAGAAGUGACCACGGGAGAAGCAUUCACACGCAAACGCAUCUUCGCUUUAAUCGAAAGAAUGCUCGAACGAGAGUUCAAGUCCCGAUUGUGAAUAUGUGUGCGUUGCAACAUGGUCACGGCUGCUCGAUCGGUACGAAAGCUGUCUCUGCGUCCAGACACACACACUCUGCUUAGAUUCUAUUGAUGAAUAUUGAUCCACAACGAACCGUGAACGGCUGGAGAAAGGAAGACUGACGACGGAUAUAUGUAUAAAUUUAGUUAAACUGUACCUGGAACAAAUUGCCAAAAAAACAUAGUCACAUCGUUACAGUAUCUCGCAGUAUAUAUCAUAUGAUGUCCUUGUGCCCCGAGAGUAGCGAUUUGGCUGCAUAACCGCACCCGGCGACGAAUUAAUUGAGCUGUAGCAGCAUUGAACCGCGGAAGGAAGACCAGAGCGCGCCAGCAUGGCGAUCGAAUGUCCCGUCUGUACGCUGUUCCUGCGGUCGGGCAUGAGCCUGGCCGAGCAUUUAGACACCCAUCCGAAGGAGAAUGUGAUAAAGGCGUUGGUUAGCCGGGUGAAGCACGAUGUGGUCGGCUACUAUCCCGGUACGCUCGAAGAGUUGGGCACCGAUGAAAUCAUUCCGGCGGCGGGCAACGCAACCAGCAUCGGUACUACUGCGUCCGCGAGCAGCAAUGCGCUCACGAUACGGACGAACGAACGGACCACCUCGCUGGGCAUUUACGAUACGCAACCGGCGGUGUAUAUGGAUAAUGCGAUACUGGCCGCUUCGAGCAGUGCCGUACAGGCGACCGUUAGCCAACCGCCACAGUUUGCCGUGGUAAAAGCGAUCGAUGCGCACGGUAUACCCAGCUUCCAGCUGAACAAUGUAACGCUUAUAAAGCGGGAAAUGGUACAACCGGUCGCGACAGUAUCAGCACUGUCGACAAUAACAACCGUCGCUUCGGCACAGCCCGCUACGAUCGGUACGAUGCAAACGGCUGAUCUGUCGGGUAUCGGCACUUUGGGUGAAGAUUAUACCGAGUCGAGUGGAAAUGGAAACGGGGAGGCAGGUUCCUCCCGUACCACCGGACCGACUGUUGCGUCUGCCACCUUUUAUCCGCGUUACACCAACGAGCUGUACUCUGGACCACCGCCACCGUACAGUCGGGCCAUAUCAUCGACGAUUGCAACGAACACGCAGAUUACACCGAUCCAACACCAAACGGUACAGUUGACCGUACCGAAAAGCAGCGUUGGUGUUGUCGCGCAACAAAUUCAGUUGGUUCCCAAGCUGCACACGGAAGCAUCAAAUUCCGCCUUCAAACAGUACGCAUCAGCGCAAACCGUAACGGAACGUGGUGUCGAUGAAGGGGCUGUAACGGCAAACCCACCACCAGUACCAACAACACCGAAACACGCUUACGGUGCUGCGACGGCAACAAACAUCGGUACAAGAGUUGUUGCGGCAACAUCCAACACCAUCACCAGCAGCACUGGCGGUUCAGCUGCGUCAACCGAACAAUCGUUAACUGCUAUCACAUCCAAAGCUAAUCUGUUGUCCACACCAUCACCGAAAGCGAACGUUGUGAAAGUCAUCAGCAACGUAAAGGUGCAGAGUAAGUUGAAGGAUAUACAGGAAAUUAUUCUUCAGCUGAAUGCCGGCCAGAUGUCGAUCGUAGGCGACAAAACGACACUAAUACCACCCACAACCGAACGACGACCAUCGACAUUCGCAACGAGCGCUCCCGGUCGAUCGUUGCUAGCUAUAGCGCCUAAAACGGAAUGCACCACGGAGGAACAGAACCAGCAGCAGGCUAAUAUGCCUGGGAGUGUGGAAAUAUCUGACGACCAGAAUGAUAUAGAACACAUGGCAACCGAUUACGACCAUGAGGAGGUAUAUAGUGACGCUUGGCAGGAUGAGGAUAAUUACGCGGACGAAGAAAUUCGAGAGCAGUGGGAAGACGAACAAGGGGAAAGCAAGCGUUUCGCUAGUGGCGAUGAGCAAGGGGAGCUACAUUCGGUACAGCAAGGUUCAGAGUUAAAAUCAGCCUCAGUAACAGCUGCGGCCACUAACACUAAUACCAACAGUACAGCCAUCAGUAACGCAAUGGUAACUAGCGUUAUUCGGAAAACACCACAACCACUACCAUGUUCCCCGUCACCCAUACAGCAGCAAAUAAAACGGCUGGUGUUCCGAAUGACAGGCAACACUACACCAACCACCGUGACGAUUUCACCGUCCUCCGGACCAUCAACGCCGCCCAAAAUCGUACGCGCCUGGCAGGGCAUAAAGCUGGAAUGUUCACCGGAAGGUACGAGCCCGCCGAACAAUGCGACCAACAACAACACCACCACCACCACUGCCGUAUCGACACCGGCCGAAGAAGAGAUAGGCAAAAGCUUCUCUUGCGCAUCGUCUGCGUUAGCCGGUCGUGAUUAUGUUUCGCGCCAGAAGCAACGUUUUCGGCCACCGAAAAAGUUAGCAAUCAAGCCAAAGCGUACACAGCCGCAGGAUGGUGAAUCGCAACGUGCCGCCGAUGGUGGUGAGGUUGCGGUGCACGACCAGGAUGAGAUGGUGGGAAUGAAUCCGGCCUGGAGUGGUAUGCCUUCCGCUACGAUAGAGCUUGCGACCGCGCUCAAUACGCUGGCGGAAGUUGUCUGUACGAAUGCGGCCCAGCAACAACAGCCACGAACGGAACCGUUUUCUUCCACAUCGUUCAACGGCAUUACGGCCGUAAUACAAAAGACUGAUGCUAACAGCGGUAUUGUAGCACACACUAGCUCAACGGUCCCUGUCCAUGCGUACCGGCCACCGGACGAUGAGAAGCUGGAGCAUCAUCCGCUCGCUUCUAGCACACCGAACAGUUGCUACGUCACGAUGGAAAAUCACACGUUACACACGCAGCAAUUGCUGAUGAAACCGAUCAAGCAAGAGUAUACCCGGCUGGUAGAUAAUGCACCGUCAGCUGCACACACAUCAGCGAAACCAUCGAUCAAAUCAAACCAACUGCACGAUGCUGCUAUCGACGGACACAAACCAUCGCAUCCCAAAGAAGAGAUCGAUGUCGGUGCGUACAACAUUUCCUACGUAAAUGAGGCGGGCGAAACGAUUUACCAUCCACUGCCAAGGAUAAGAAACAGAGCGAUCGAAUCGCCCAGACGGGACACGAUCGCGGAACAGGUCCAGCGUCGUUUGAUGGAGCGCGAUGGACGAAUUGAGCUUAUGGCGGAGGAUGUAACCGAUUGUGCACCAUUGCAAGGAGAGGAGGAAGAGGAAGAGGCGGAAGUGGAGGAAGACGAGGAAGCGGAAGAGGACGAAGAAGAGGAUGAGGAUGAGCCGGAGGAAAUGGAAGAGGAAGAUGAGGAGGAGGAGGAAGAACGGUGUAAUGUUAAGAAAAUGGACGGCAAUGAAAUGAUUGAAGGAGAUGAGGAUGAUGAGAAGGAAGUGGACGAUGAUAUGGACCAGGAAGCGAACGUCGUGUACGAGGAGCAAUUGGAUAGUGAUGAGGAUGAAUAUGACAAUGUGUUCCAGGAGGAUCCAAUAGGACAUCCGGAGCCGAAGCGUUCCGCGUCACCAAUUCCGUCGGACCAGCCAGACCGGGAACAGUUGCUAAUGAUGCUGAGCCGGGUGAAAUCCGACAAAUCCGACGCAGUUGAUCCGUUGAGCAUUACCGACAUGAAAAAUGAAUCGAUUGCCGGUAUGCAGGAAGGUUCAAUGCAGCCGUACAGUAAAUCGGAUGAUGCGAACAAUUUGCCCGGCAGUCUGGUGAUGAAACGUUUCCAUUCCGGCAUUAUCACUACGGAUGAUGAGAAGGAUUUGCUUGAGGCUGGACCAUCGUCGCGUAAGAUCGAACACGUGGGUGGGACACGGUCGAAGAUGCGUGCGGCGAACGUUAGCACCAGGAAAGCGGAUAGAGAUGAACAGCGAAAGAAGGCGGAAACGUUGAAAGGAAAGUGUGGGAAAGAUUUCCACGAGGCGGGACCUUCAUCCUCAUCGUCGCCACGCUUUGCUGGCGGUUCGAUGUACGAACACACCGAGGAAGGUUGUAUGGGACAUCAUAGUUUUAAUAAUUCCACCACAACCAUCGCUAACGCCGAUGAGCAAAUGUCGCCUCAAUCGAUGAUUGGUUUGAAAACGGCUAAAACGGAACCGUACGCUGAAGAUGAGAUGGAUACGUCAACUUCUUCGUUUCUGGAUAUGAGUACGAUACCGAAAAACAGCUUUGACGGUAUGACGAAUGAUACGGCUAGUAACACCAGUAACAGCACCAGCCAGAGUGCUGGUCUCGGUAAGGAACACGGUGAAGGUAGUGGCAUUAGCGGUGGUACACGGUCCCUCUUACCGUCCGGCUCAUCGAUUGCGUCCACCAGCAUGGAGCGGGCACCGUCGACGGAAAGCCUAAACAUACGCACCGACGAAAAGAUGCCGGCGAAAGGUGAAAUUUCCGAACAGGAAAGCAACGGCGAUAUGGACGUUACUUCCUGGAACCAUCGGAUGUACGCGGUCGGUGAGAAUGUACCGAUUUAUCCAAGCUCAUAUGAUUUAUCGACCGCACAGGAGUGUUGGAAUCUGAGCAGCCGGAAUCAGGGCAUGUUUGCCGUAACGGAUCAUUUUUACCAUCAGCAGCAGCACAGCGGUGGCAACAACGCACACGCCACCACGGUCAGCAACCAAUACAUCAAUUCGCGUGUUUCAUUCCAAUUUUCCUCCACCACACAUCAACACCAUCAGCAGCAUGGAGCGGAUCUACCGUUCGGUGGUGGUAUUAUGACGGGCAAAGUUGAACCGCAGCAGGACGAUAACAACGAUAGUGACGAUGUGGACGAACAAACGGAAGGACGGCGGCUAAAGAAUGCUAUACCGAAAAUGCCAUUCGCUGACAUGAUGGUAGCACGCAUCCAUGAACCACCCGGUGCGUACGAUGAGGUGGUCACACAUCACCAUCACCACCAUCAUCAUCACCAGCAACAGCAGCAAACGUGCGAAACGAAGUAUGACACUUCGGCCGGGACACCGUCGUACUUUGGUGUGGCUGCUGCCGGUUGCUCCACUUUACCGUUGAUGUCUGGCGAGGUGGAACCGGUACUGUCGAGCCGUCCAAAACCGUCCGGUAGUGGUGUGCCGCGUACCUUCCGCUGUACGCUUUGCCCGAAAGUGUUCGAUACGAUCAAGCAACGCCGGCAGCAUCAACAACGGGAACAUGCGACGGAACUGUUGGCACUAUCGUCCCACACAACGCAAGAGCAGGCCAAUGAACGGAAUGGUGCGGGAAUGCAGCAACAGCAGCAACAACAGCAGCAGCAGGUGUACAAGAAGCAACCGAUACCGGUCGUCAUGAACUACGAUUGGAUGAAGCAGGAAAUUCAGCGGAAAAGUGAAGCAACGCUUAAAAGUAGUCGCAUGCUGAUGCCGGACGGUAGCAGUAGUUCCGCCGUACCCGGUACGAGUGGUGAAGAGUUACUACAGCAGCAGCUUGUAGUGGCACAGGUUCAGGUACAGCCGGACGGCUCUACGACGGACGGUGCGGCAUUGAUGCGUGAUGGUAUGUUACCAUCCGCCUGUACCGUAGCGGCUCGCAAUCGAACGUACGUAUGCGGCACCUGCCAUCAAAAGUUCGAUCGGUUUAAUCUGUUCAACGAACAUUUGAAUGUCCAUCCGGUGCACUGCGUUACGUGCGGGCGACACUUUAAGCAAUGGCGUAACUUCUCGCUUCACAUCAAGCGCCAUCUUGGCAUCAAGGAGCACCAGUGCCGAAACUGUGGCAAACAGUUCGUCAUCAAGCAGAAGCUGAUCGAGCAUAUGCGGGUACAUACUGGACAUGCACCGAUCAAGUGUAAGCUUUGCAAUCGUACGUUUAAGCGUUUCUCGAAUCUUGCCCAACACCGGAAGCGUUACCAUCUCAAUCGGACGGUAACGAAGGAGGACUAUGUGUGUCAGCUGUGUGGGGAAGUUUUUCACACCCAGGCGAAGAUGGAAUGGCACAAAGAGACACACGAAAAGAAGCCAAAAUCGUGCCCAUACUGUCGGGAAAAAUUCAUCCACCGGAACAGUCUGACGCGUCACAUCCGGUUGUCGCACACGGACAAGUAUGCGAAGCUGGAGAACAAAACCGAACCGUGCAGCAUCUGUCAGCAGCCGUACACGAAGACAAGCAUGCGCCGGCACAUGGAAACGCACACCAAGGAACGGAUGGCGUUUGCGUGCGGCAUAUGCAACAAGCGCUUCACCACAAAUUGGAACCUAAAGCAGCACAAAUGGACACACGCAAACCCGACGAUGAAACCGUUCCAGUGCACCUACUGUCCGAGUGCGUUCGUGCGCGAAUCGGACUUUGUGACGCACGUUAAUGCGCACCGUUCGAUACGGCCGUACACGUGUAACCAUUGCGGUAGUCAAUUCAUACGCAAGUACAACUGGAUACGUCAUACGCGCGAGCACGAGAUCGAUAAGGGCCAUCGGUGCGAUGUGUGCGGACGUCAGUUUCACCGGAAGUACUACCUUACCGAGCACAAGCGCAUACACACGGGGGAGCGGCCAUUUGCGUGCAACAUUUGCGGUAAAACGUCCGCCACCAAGACGAACCAUAACAAGCAUGUGCGGAUACAUCAUGCGCGUGAUCCACUCACCGCAGAAGGUUAAGCGUGAUGUGCUUUGUAAUUUUUUUUUGUUUUUUUCCUAAACGUAGCAUCAGAAUUGUAAAUUUGCACUACGUAAAAUGACGGAAAAUGGAAUGAAAUUUGAAAAUAUUUCGUUUUAUUUUUUUUACUUCAUUUCCCCUUUUUUUAUGUUUUUUUAUGACUCUUUGCAAUUGUAAAUUUUUUUAAUUUUUUUUAAUGAAAUUUAAUUUCGAUACAUUUAGAAAACGUUUCACUAAACAGCCUAACAGCCUGUUUGUGAUUCGAAUAAUUUUGAUUUUUUUUAACAUCUUCUUAACUGAGAAGUCUAUCGUAUGCUGACUUAAGCAAGAUACCUGUCUGUAAUAUGUUACAUGAAUUGUUUUCCUUUUCCAAAGAGGCUGAAAACGAACGGUUGCGACGAGCAAGCUUAAAGGUAGCGCUGCGUUUAAGGAUUUGCAAACAAAAUCUUUCUUGAGGUUGCGGUGUCGCGUCCACAGAUAGAACAAUGUACGUGUACGGAGACAUUUUUUUCCCAUAGAUCGUUACUGAGACUAUAUAAUUUACAGUGGUUAGGUUAUUUACCCACCGGCAGAAGGAAAAAAAAUCGGUUGCUAGUAGAAGCAACUCUCAUAGGAAAACACAAAAACCGAAUUGCUUAGUUACGGCGCCACACUUCGCUGUGCGGAACGAUAUUUUUUGUUCUGUUUGUAGUGCUGUAGUGCUGUAGAGAGCACCCAUAUCGGAUAGGAAAACAUUCGAAUGGGUAAAUUGUAAAAUUUGUUUUUUUUUUUAACACGUUCAUUACAAUUGUAGAUGAAGAAGCACCGAUUAAAAUGAAAAAUGCGCAUUUUGGAGUUUUUUUUUUUGCUAAACAAUUAGGUUUAUAAUUCUAAGUAUUACAAAUUUUUAUAUUUUAUUUUUUUUUGUUCGUUUGCAACGAAGUUUCGGUUAAGAACAUUCUUUAAACACGUUUAAAAACAAAAAUGCCAAAUGGUACGAUUUGCACUUAAUAUCAAGUUUUACUUUCUCGCCAGGGAAUAAAUUGUAGAUUUUGUGUUAUUUUGUGAUCGGACUUUGAUGUUGCGAUAGAGUGCGUCCCUUGGCAGAGGAUAAUCGUGCAGAGUGCAACUCUCGUGUGUAACAUAAGCUCUUGCGCACGGAAUAAGACUUGAUGGGAGGAAAUAUAUACAUGUGUGUGUGUUCGUUUUCUGUCGCAGAGUGAUUUGCGAUCCUUCUGCUGCUUGGAAUAGCCAAGCGUGAACCUUAAACUGUAUAUUACAACGGAGAAGGUAUGUCUUACAUGAGGUGUAAUGUUCAAACGCAUUUCGAGCAUGAACGUAUUAUUUACCUAAGUUAGCUCUGAGAAACGUGCUUGGGGGCGGGGGAGGUAUUUAAUACAUUUUAGUUUUCAAAUGCUUCCCGGCUAAUAAGAGCAAGUUUUAUUACGUUUUCUUUAUCUCUUGGAUAAUGUAACAUACUUUUGUUGUUGUUUUUUUAAAACACUACUUUAAAAAAAAUCAAAAAUUACUUUUCAUGAAAUUCAUCUUAUUGUAUGAAAUUAACUACAAACUUUAUAAAGAAUGAACAUAACACGUAAAUUUGUAAAAAAAAUUAAAAAGAAAACCAUAAACAAAGAUAAAACAAACGAAGAGGACGCCAUAUCAUUGAUAAGGAAAACAAAACGAACAAACCAGACAGGUUAAAUACAUUAACUCCUCAAAAAAAAAACCGAUCCCCAAGUAACAAAGGCUAGGUCAACAAUUUGAACACGGUCUCUUCGUGCGUAACUAGACUAAUCUAUAACAGCUACAUACUAGAUUAUAAUCCACUCCAGUAAUGUUUGUGAAGAUUCCACUAUAAGAAGAAAUACUGUAACUGUAAUCGGCCAACGAUCGAAACAAAGUUCACACAUUGUGUUUCGUGCGUGAGAGAGAAAGAGAGAGCAAAGUUGCGACAACAUUCAGGCAAAUCGCCUAAAAAUGGUUCAAUGUUGUAAGACAGGAAUGAAUUUGAAUGAUAGAAUAUGCAAAUCUGCCGUACUGCGGACAGGUUUGUUAAAAUAAAUAGGAAAAAUUAUCGUUAUUUCUGCAGAUAAAUUGUGCGAUAAAUAGUUUGAUGUGUGGUACAAUUGUUUCCUGCAUGCGUAUGUCUUUUGUUUGUAGUCGGUUACAACAAAGGAUAACAAGAAGAAAACAAAAAAUACACAAAAAAGGAUCAACUAGUAAAUGGGCACACAGAUGUGUAAUUGUGAAUCUAUCUUAUUAUUAUUAAAAAGCCGCUAAUGUUUAUUAUUUUUAUUUUUUUUUGUAAAUCACGCUACUCAAGACACACACACAUGGGCCACUGUUCAAUUUGGUUCUGGGUGAAGUGUUCAAUAAGCAGUUCGAUCGAUGUACAUAAAAUGGUUUUGUUCCUUGCUGGCGCGAGUGUGGCGAACUGCUAGUAGAAAUCAGUAAAACAAUUAAAUGGAACACGAGCAGUGUGCGUGUGUGUGUAUGCCAACCGGAUAUCUGUCACUGUAGUUGGACUUUUAGGUGGCAAAUCCCACUACAAAAAGUUGGUUUAAUAAUAACAAACAAACAACAAAAAUCAUGGAUCAUGUAAAGAAAUGGAAAUAUCUUUGAAAAACUUCGAUCAUUAUUUA